UAACAUUUGUUUGUGGACAAUGUUACAGGUUGGCCAUGAAGCAUUUGAGCAGAAUGCUGGUGGUGGCUUCCCUAAUGAGUCAGGCUUUGGCGCUGGAUUUAAUCCUUUUGAUAUCUUCGGUAACUUAAAUAACGAUAUAUUCAAUAUGUUCAGGCGUGAUAUUGGUGGCCAGGAUGUCAAGGUGGUGAUUGAGUUAUCCUUUAUGGAAGCUGUUCAAGGAUGCAACAAAACCGUUUCAUUUCAAACGGAGGUGCCUUGUCAAGCUUGUGGUGGACAGGGGGUGCCUCCUGGUGCUAAACGCGAGAAAUGUCGGACAUGCAAUGGCUUUGGCAUGACAACCAUGAAAAGAGGCAUGUUUCAUAUUCAAACUACAUGUCCUAAGUGUGGUGGGGUUGGCCAAGUUGUGUCGAGCAUCUGCAAGUCAUGCAAGGGAGCUAAAGUUGUGAGAGGACAGAAGUCAGUUAAAUUGGAUAUCAAGCCAGGAGUUGACAAUGAUGAUACAAUAAAGGUUAACAGAUCUGGUGGAGCUGAUCCUGAUGGAAAUCAACCUGGGGAUCUUUAUGUUACCAUCAAGGUCCGUGAAGAUCCUGUUUUCCGUAGAGAAGGUGCUGACAUUCAUGUAGAUGCUGUCUUAAGUGUCACACAGGCUGUUUUGGGUGGAACUAUCCAAGUCCCAACUCUCACUGGGGAUGUUGUUGUAAAGGUCCGCCCUGGUAGUCAACCAGGUCAGAAGGUAGUAUUGAGGAAUAAAGGGAUUAGAGCUAGGAACGCCAUAUCAUUUGGGGAUCAAUACGUGCACUUCAACGUCAGCAUUCCAACGAAUCUAACGCAGAGACAGAGAGAAUUGAUUGAAGAGUUUGCGAAAGAAGAGCAAGGGGAAUACGAUAAGCGGGCAGCUGCAGGGGCAUCUGGGUAAAGAACUGAACAGAACCAAAAUGGUCCUGAUAAACAGGGAUAGAGAAAGAAAGAAGGUCGAAAAAGAGAAGAAAAAACAGAAGCAGUAAGCUUUUAUAUUUAUAAUAAGCUAUAGCCACCUGCUUUAGAAAUUUUGUAGGACAAAAUAUUGGUAGUAACUUUAUAUAUGAGCGAUCUGUUAGUUGUGUAAUUUAUCAUAGCUUUUAUUAAGAGUGAUUUAUGUCAUAGUUAUUGUCAGGAAUAUCUCGAUUGAUUGGCACCACGCUCUUUCUCUCUAGGGUCACAAGUCCAGGGUUUGAAUUCUCUACUAGGCGCAUGUUAAAAGUUUUUAUAUGUUUUCACACAUGGCCGAGUGCUAUAAGACCAGACUAUUCUGUACUGCUAAUCAACAUGUCACCUUGUAUCUAAUUCUUCAAGAACUUCAUUAUAUCUAAAUAAUAUGGUUUUGGUGGUCUGAUUUUUA